CACAGAGGGCCCCUCACCACGAUGCUGCCCGCCUCUGCAACUACACAGAAAGGCAUGCAACAAACUGGCAAUCUGACCAAGCUGCACUCUUCUUUGCACCCUAUGGCUGUUGGGAUAGUCUCCAGCUGAUGCUAAAUUGGACUCCACGGUGGCAUAUAGACCUGGAGCCCUGGGCCAGUGAGAGUCAGUCACUGGAGGAUGAAGCUAAAAGGUUCCUCAGCUACAUCACAACUCAGCAAGUGUCAUGUGCGUCACUUCGAGGCAAGAAAGCAGACCAGGAAGGGUCCAUUGGGGCAUGGGCUGUGUGCCUAGAUCCCAAUUAUAAACUGAUCCGCAGGAUAAAGAGCAGACACUGCCGGGUGUACUCUUUUGGGUUAGGAGUGGAUGACCGGUCCCUGGAAAGUUCUCUCGCCCAGUCAGGCUGUGAAGUCCACUGUUUUGAUCCCAGCCUUAAGCAGCCUCACCUGCAACAAGCUGAAAUGUGGCUCCAUCGUCUUUCUGUAGAUUGGAGGGAUCCCAGCCCGGCCGUUGUUGCCCAGCGUCAGUAUGCCAGCACGAAGAAACUAGCCACCAUACUUAAUGACUUUGGACACAGAGAGGUGGAUGUACUGAAGGCAGACAUGGAGAGUGCAGAAUGGAAGAUUUUGGAAAAUUUGAUCCUCGAAAGAGUUCUGGAUUCAGUGGGACAGCUGCUGCUGGAGCUUCACCUGCACUGGGCAGGCUUUGAGGUGGGUGGCGAUGAGCCAUCUGUGGUGCGGUACUGGUACAGCCUGCUGAAGGAGCUUGAGCGCUCCGGCUUCCACCUCUUCCACAUCCACAGCGAUCCUGCCAAACCUCACAUUUUUCUACAGAAGAAUGUGCUUAAUGCCAGCAGUGCUUACACCUUGAGCUGGGUGAAUACUCAGUGGAGGCCUCUAGGGAAACCAGAUAGAACUCAAAAAUAACUUUUUACCGUCGCUGAUAACUGGAAAUCUGAAUGUGUAACAUGGACUUUCUGGGGCACAGCUCUCUUCAAAUACACUGCUCUUAUCUGGCCCGACCUUUGAAGAAAAAAAAAAAAGUAAAAAUCUCUGCUCCUACUUAUCCUCCCGCUCAUCCUCUGCUGGCCUGCGAUGACCUAAGCCAAGUAAAGGAGCAGCAUAAUUACCUCCAGAGGCUCUGUGUUCUACCUCAUAGUGGCUGUAUUAUUGGCUGCAGGAAAGUCACAGUCAAAAUCAUCAAGGUCCUAUCUAAGCCUGGCCCAAAGCCAGGCGGUCCUACCUGAUAGUAGACAGCAGACGUCCAGAGACUACGCAGCUCACGAGCUAAAUUAUGAAUUCAAGGAAGCGGAUACAGCGUUACAGGGUCACUGACAGUGAGUGAAUAUUUUAAGGAGGCGGGAAAGAGACGGGAUCUGCUCCUGAAGAAGUAGUUUCCAUGCAUCACCACAGCAUGACAAUGUGAUAAAUGGGACUGUACACUUGUACAGAGUUUGCUUGUUGGCUAUUUAAACGUGGAUAUUUGUGCAAGUAAGAGAAAAACAACUGUAAUUCCAGUUUCUGGAAUUAUAAUAGAAUAACCCCCCCCCCAAAAAAUUUUCACACAUAAGAAUUUUACACCAUCAGUUCCCUUCCUCGUGUUCAGCUGGCGUUUGUCUGUUCAGCACCGCAACACUGCCAACAAUCAGGAAAAGUAACACUUUAAAAUAACAACAUUAUUCAGUUAUUGAAAUUUACCAAACCUUUUGAUGAUGAACCAAAUUUCUCCUCAUGAUUUUGAUUUUAAAGA